AUGGCAGGCAUCAACCCAAGAACGACCCUCUUGGGAUCCAUCAUCGCUCUCUGCUUAGUUGGUGCAAUGGGCUCGUCAUUAAAGAAGGACUCAGAGGUGCUCUCAGACUCAUCUCUUCGGAGCAGCAUCAGUGAAGCCAGGCAGCUGGUAGACACAGCAUAUUUAGAUGCUCGAAGAAGCUUAAAGACAAAACUAGAGGAAAAUGUUGCCAACCCGAUGGAUUUCCUGAAGCACUUAAAAGACCCAGUAGGAACAACCAGAUCUGCCAUCCGUGCUGCUGACUACAUGGAAACGACUUUGAAUCUCCUCAAAAAAAAGCUGCAGCAAUCUGGGAAAAGGAGGUUCAAUGUUACAGACCUACUAGACAGAAAACAGAAGGACAUGAUUUCCAAAGAAACUGGCUGUGACUAUCAGACUCGUUCCAUUAAAUGCCCGGAGCAUGACAUGUACCGAACCAGCACUGGGGAGUGCAACAACAGGAAGCAUCCUGAGCUGGGGUCCUCAAAUCGUGCAUUUGCUCGCUGGCUUCCAGCAGCAUAUGAAGAUGGAGAGUCUGUUCCCCGAGGAGCAAGUGAAGGGAAGCUAUACAAUGGAUUUCCACUCCCGCUGGUUCGAAAAGUGUCGAAUGAAAUUGCUCACACGGCCAAUGAGAACAUCACUCAAGAUCAAGAGCUCUCUCUUGUCUUCAUGCAUUGGGGCCAGUGGGUCAACCACGACGUAGACUUAGCUCCUUCCAGUGGUGCAGGAGCCAGCCUGGAGCUUCACUGUGAGACUGAUUGUGCCUUCAGGACCCCUUGCUUCCCGAUUAAGUUCCCUCCUGAUGACCCACGGAUGCUGAGGUCCAACUCUUGCAUGCCGUUCAUCCAAUCAGCAUCUGUGUGCAAUCCCAGGACAUUUACUCGUGAGCAGAUCAAUGCCGUCAGCUCCUUCAUUGAUGCCAGCACAGUGUACGGCAGUGAAGACUCUGUGGCAAAGAGUAUUAGAAACAUGACAAACUUCCUGGGUUUGAUGGCUGUGAACCAGAAUUUUACAGAUGCAGGGCUGGAAUUAUUGCCCUUUGAGAACAAAACAAAAAGUGUUUGUGUCCUCACUAACAAGAGCAUGAACAUCCCUUGCUUUAAAGCAGGUGACAAACGAGUAACUGAGAACCUGGGUCUGUCUGCACUGCACACCAUCUUCCUACGGGAACACAACCGCCUUGUUACAGAGUUGAGGAGAUUAAACCCUCACUGGGAUGGGGAAAAGCUUUACCAAGAGAGUCGGAAAAUUGUAGCAGCUGUAAUCCAGAUAAUAACAUACAGGGAUUACCUCCCGCUUGUGCUGGCGGAGGAGACCAGCAAGUGGAUCCCUCCAUAUGCUGGCUAUGAUGAGGAUGUGGAUCCGACAGUCUCAAAUGUGUUUUCCCUGGCGUUCCGAUUUGGUCACACAUCAGUAAGGCCUUUUGUAUCCCGUCUGGAUGACAAUUUCCAGCCUUUGGGUUCGUUCUCCAAUGUCCCUCUUCAUUUGACCUUCUGCGCUCCAUGGAGAAUUGUAAUGGAAGGUGGCAUUGACCCACUGAUACGGGGCAUGAUGGUUGACCAUGCCAAACUGGGGAAGCAGAAUCAGCUGCUUGUGGAGGAGCUCCAGAACCACCUUUUUGAGCAGACGGAGGUAAUGGGUCUGGAUCUAGCAGCCCUGAACAUGCAACGGGGAAGAGACCAUGGCCUUCCAGGUUACAAUGCCUGGAGGCGCUUCUGUGGGCUCUCCCAGCCUCAGAACUUAGAAGAAUUCUCUGAGGUGCUAGGCAAUUCCAAACUGGCCAAGAAGUUCAUGGACCUGUAUGGGACACCAGAAAAUAUUGACGUCUGGAUUGGGGCAGUUGCAGAACCCUUUGUUCCCCGCGGCAGGGUUGGACCCCUCCUGGCCUGCAUCAUUGGCACCCAGUUCAGGAACCUGCGUGAUGGGGACAGGUUCUGGUGGGAAAACCAAGGAAUUUUCACUCCGCAGCAGCUGAACGCACUGCGAAAGACGACACUAUCAGCAGUGAUCUGUGACAACACUCGUAUCAAAAAGAUACCCAGGGAUGUGUUCAAGGUCAACAGUUAUCCCAGUGACUUUUUUGACUGCCACGAGAUGGAAACGCUCAACCUCUCACCCUGGGAAGAAGAGCCUGAGAGUGGCACAACAGUUUCUGAUCCUGCUCAUCAGACCAGUGCUGGAAACUCCUAA